AUGCCUCAGACCAGCUUGGGUGAAGAGUACCAGGGUACGUCACACCCUCUGAGUGACACUGACAUGGAGAGUGGGUCACGUGAGGGUCAUGUGACCCCGCAGCGCAUCACUUCCCCGGGUUACUGUGAGGUGGAGGAGGAUUUCACCGACAGUGGCAUCGACUCCCCCGAGAACACAGCAAUGGAACCGGAUACGGCCACAAAGGGCGAUAAUUCACCUCAGAACAUCCCGAGAAAGUUCCUUUUCAAGCCGAAUGCUCAUGAGAGCUUGUGCCUGGAGUCCCUGAAGACAGCCGUCGAGAGGAUGGAGAGUGAGGAGGCAAACCUUAUCGGGAACGGAACAAGGGCACACUCUCUCCCGACAAUCAAAGGAAGGCACAAAGAUCUCAAGUCAGUGUCUCCUCUCACAGUCAGUCAACUACUGGCAGGGAAGUACAAUGACGUCAUUUCCGGAUACCAAAUCAUUGAUUGUCGUUACCCGUAUGAGUACGAAGGAGGACACAUUCAGGGGGCGCUAAACCUUCACACCGAGGCUCUCAUAACGGAUGUACUCACUGCCCGACGAGGGAGUGUGUCCACUGAAAGGAAUAUCCUCAUAUUCCACUGCGAAUUUUCAUCGGAGAGGGGACCGAAACUACUACGUCAUUUGAGAAGACUGGACCGGAAGUUAAACAUCGACUGCUACCCAUGUCUCUUUUACCCGGAAGUGUACCUGCUGGAUGGCGGUUACAAGGCUUUCUUUGAAGAACAUCGAAAUCACUGUGAACCCCAAACAUAUCUCCCGAUGGUACACGAAUCAUAUUCACAGCAAUUACGUCACUUCCGGACGAAAUCAAAGUCGUGGACAGCAGGCGAGAAACAGAGCAUGCGAAGUAGGCGUCUUGACGGGGAGAUUGUAGCUCUGGCACUCCACUCGCUCUGUCCGUUGCAGGAUGCUAGGUCCGGGAGUGAGGGUUGGGCGACCGGGACUCCUAACUAA